CUGGAAAAUGGAGAAGACUUUGAACAGAAUUCAUCCAGUUUCUGAUCCAGAAGCAACGUAUUUUCUACAAGUAUCAUGGGAAAAAGAUUUAGGCACUGGCUUUGGUGUAAUGCUUAGUGAUGGUCAAUGUGCAUGGACCGGGACAGUGUCUGAAGCUGAAAUUUCUAGGGAGGCUGCUGACAUGGAAAUGAACAGAGAAAAGUAUGUCGAAGAACUGAAGAAAGCAUUGAUAGCUGGAGAAGAAUCAGCUGACAAAUAUAAUUUUGUUAUUUCAAGAGAUGAAGAAAAUAUGGACUGUCACUUUUCCUAUGAAAGAAAUCUGAAAGAUGCCUCUUUUAGGCUUGGAUCUCUGAAGCUACAGAAAGUUUCGAGUCCGGCGGAGGUGGUUAAGGAGCUGAUUGGUUACUGCCUAGACUGCCUGGGAAGACUGCAGGUGAAAAACGAGCACCUGCAAAAAGAAAAUGAAAGGCUUUUCAGCAACUGGAGUGACGCGGAGAAGCGGCUGGAAAAAUGUGUGGAAGCUAAAGAAGAACUAGAGUCAGAUCUUUAUAACCGGUUUAUUUUGGUGCUGAAUGAAAAGAAGGCAAAGAUAAGAAACUUACAGAAGUUGUUGAACGAAGCUAAAGAACCUGCAGCAGAUGCCAAAUGUACAAGGUUGCAGUUGAUUUUCCAAUCACAGUAUGUUUCUGCCAUUUCCAUAGGUGCACCAGAACGAAGGGAUUCACUUCUGUAUAGCCCAGAUGUCAUUGAUACCACUCCAAGAAGAAAGCGAAGACAAAGGACAGCAAAGCCUGCUGGGACAGGAGCUAAGAUGGCUACUUAUGAGACAGAACUGCCAGCCAAGGAAAAACCUGGUCUGACCUCACAGAAGACAUCGGGCAAGCAUUCCCUGGAUGUCAUGUCUCUCGAAACACUGGAAAACACUUGUGAGCCGGAGGACCUCUUUGAUGACAUCUAGCUAUGUGUUGGCUGAGAAAUUGGGAGACCAGCGCUUCUAAUAGAGAUAAGCUAUAAAACUAAAAGGCUUUGUUAUAGACACUGUGCCGAAAUCUUUACUCUGAGGUGGUAUUCGAUGACAUAUUGCUCUAAUCCUCUUGCACUGCACUUGUCCCCAUUCUUCACUAUGCGGUUGUAGACCCUUGGCCUGCUAGGCUUGAUUUGUGACGGCCUUGAAAUCAGUUUAGCCUCUGUGUAGAUCUUUUAUCAUGUGUAUAUGGGGAAGGAGCACCAUCAUAGCAUUUUUGCAUCCUAACAGUCUCUGGCUGCUGAUUGUAUCCAGGAUCAACUGGUUUCCAGAUGUCCCCAGAGAGUAUGUCAAACAUAAACAAGAUUAAGGCUACCACUGUACUUACCUUAUAUACUGCCCCUUUCUUGAGAAGCUCAGCUUAGAUGUGGUCUAGCUAAAUCAUCUUCAACUCUGACUAAGAUAUAGCUUCCUAAAAUGAGUUUAGAAUGAUAUCUUCUGACAUGAAGCAUCCAAAGAAAUGUCCUUUCACUUUUUACUUGCAGGUUCUCUGCAGCAUUAUGCAUUAUAAGAUAUUCUUGCUUUUGGGAGUAAAGUGCUUGUACAGUCAAUAUUGACUCAUUUUAACCUUCUGUAGAAACCCAUAGCCUUUAAAAUUGUCAUUUUUGAUACUUCAUCAUUUAUAUGAAGGUGAUUUCUAAAAAAAUAAAAUGCAUUCUAAAAAUACAUCAAUUUUGUUUUUAUUUGCUUAGAUACUCUAUGAGUAAAGGGACUAGUUAGCAAAGCGUGUUAAUGCAUGACCUUUUCCUGCCCAAA